GUCCCGAAAUAACUUUUCCUAUUCGGGAAACGACAUCGUUUUUCCUGGAAUCUUGACUCCAUGUCCACCUGCUUUGAUCUUAAUUAAACUCAGAGACAACCCCUGGGACACAAAGGAGAAGCUUGAACCUUGGAGGCCAAAAUCGAGAUGGGUUUGUUCACUUUUUGCAGAAUAAUAGCGCUGAUCGUUGCAAUUUCAGCAAUUUCUGUUACUUCUAAAAAGCAAUUGAGUGCAAGAAAAUGUGAGGAUCUAGGGUUCACAGGCCUUGCUCUUUGCUCUGAUUGCAACACUUUUGCUGAGUAUGUCAAGAACCAAGAGUUGGUAUCUGACUGCUUGAAAUGUUGCACAGAGGAUUCUGAUGAUUCCAUGAGCAAGAUUACCUAUUCUGGAGCGAUACUGGAGGUUUGCAUGAGGAAACUGGUUUUCUAUCCCGAAAUUGUUGGUUUCAUUGAAGAAGAGAAGGACAAGUUUCCCACCAUUAAAGUUCAAUACGUUUUCAAUUCUCCACCAAAGUUGAUCAUGCUGGAUGAUGAGGGUCAGCAGAAGGAAAUCAUAAGAAUUGACAACUGGAAACGGGAGCAUAUGCUGCAGUUCAUACAGGAGAAGGUUAAGCCAACUUCGGCAUCUUAAUUAGCAUCUUCAGGGGGCUUACUAUUUUUCAGGAAAGUACAGAUUAAAUUGACUGAAUUAUACAACUAGAAUGGACAUAACCAAUCACCAUAUUCACUCUAGUUUGAAUAUUGAGUACAAGCGACAGAACUACCAGUAGGUGAAUAUUUAAAGCGCUUCCUGAACACCUCUAAAUAAAGUUGGAUUCAAGUCGAGAGUUCAACUCAAAUCCUAGACAAUUUGAGUUAAUCAAAGAUAUCGUCGAGGAUUGUUGGUGGAAUGAAUAGUAUCAUUGAUAGAAUAACAAUGUCAAUGGAAGGGGAUUCAAACUGAACUUGAACUGAGUUGUUGAUAGGAAACUCCACUUUGAAGAAGGCUUGAAUCAAGAUUGCUUUCUCAUCCUUGAAAUGAGGAAGAAAAUGUCCCACCAUAUAACCAUAAGUAAAAGUCUUUAUAUUAUUUUCAUCUA